AUUCCUCUUUAUCUUUUGUUUGGAUCAUCUUCACCAUAAUCGCUAAUCUUCUCUUUCCUCUCCCUAACCCUCACUACCUAAUUUAUACAUACAACUCCACCUCCACAAGUAUAUAGUCAAAGUUCAAACUUUUACCUUAUCUAUAAAUUCAUUUUUGGGUUAAAUCCAAUAAUUAUAUGUAUAUAUAGCUAAAGAGCAUAGACAAAAGUUGGGUAGGUAGGUGGGUUCAAACAAUAGAAGAUGGAAUUUGAUGAAGAACAUGAAGACCAAGAAGAUGAAAUUGCUAAUAUUUCUCAAAUACCAGCAACAACUGAGAAUAAUUACCAAGAAUUUGGAGAAGGUGGUCCAAUUUCACAAGCAGCUGCAACUUUAAGGAAAAACAAUGUUCCUAGUCCUAGAUAUAGAGAGUGCUUAAAAAAUCAUGCCGUAGGUAUAGGUGGACAAGCUGUAGAUGGCUGCGGAGAAUUUCUGCCUGCAGGUGAAGAAGGUACUUUAGAUGCUCUAAAAUGUGCUGCUUGUAAUUGUCACAGAAAUUUCCACCGUAAAGAAGUUGAAGGAGAAAUAUUAAACUUCCACCACACUACCCCACCACCCAUCCUUCACCACCCAGCCCACCACUACCCAUAUCGUUAUCUCCAAAGGCCAUUGGCAUUACCAUCAGUUUCUUCAAGAGAGGAUAUUGAGGAUUAUGUAUCUAACCCUACUAGUAGUGGUGGGGGUGGGAGUGGUUCGAGAAAAAGGUUUAGGACAAAGUUCACACAAGACCAAAAGGAGAAAAUGUUUGCUUUUGCUGAAGGAUUGGGAUGGCGUAUUCAGAAGGAAAAUGACGCAGCAGUGCAGCAGUUUUGUGCAGAGACAAAUAUUAGGAGACAAGUUUUCAAGGUUUGGAUGCACAAUAACAAGCACACUCUUGGUAAAAAACCCUAAUUUAUUUUACCUAGAGUAGUUAAUUAUCGUAAUUUGAUGAUUUAGUUGAGAUUUAGAACUACUCAAGUAGGGUUUCUAGACUUUUUUAUAUAACCUUAAUUAUUUUUUUCUAUUUCUCCACCUGAAUAUUCCCUAUGCUUUUUCAGUUGUUCUUGUCCUUUUUUCUUUUAGGGCUGUAUUCUUAGCUGGAUGUCCAUUUCCUGAACUGUCUAAGCAUCAAUAUCUAAUUGUAUUAAAUUCUCUUAGUAAAACUACUAGCUAUGUGAGUCUUAA